AAAGCAUCUUCCAAAGAAAAUGGCCAGCCUAGCUAUGUACCAAAACCAUCUUGAUAGAAUUAAGAUCUAUAGAUACAUUUAUGAUGUAGCUAGUUGAAAUUAUUUAGAUAAUUUUUAGAACAAGAACGAUUCAACAUGAAAGAAUAAAGUUUGCAUACACCAAACAAAUCCAAGUUAACGAAAACAUCACUAAACAACAUGGCCGCUCGAGAAAACUACAUUGUUGACAAGUUAGAUGACCUUACUUCUUCACUACACCGUACAACAGAUGUUUUAUCAUCAGCUGAUAGGAUGAUUGAUCAUUACAGAGAUUUGAAUCGUGAACAGGAGCAUGAAAUAGCAAGACUGCAUAUUGAUCUCCAUAAGUUAUCCAGCGACAAAAGGUUCAAUGAAUCAAAGCUUAGAAGUUCGAGGUCACUUCGUAAAGACAAAAAAGAAACAUUUCAUGACACAUCAAGUGAAUUAUCAAGUGAUGAUCAACAAAAAAGAAUGGCAUCUAAAACCCAUAAAAAAUAUUCAUCCAGUCCAUCAAGAGUUCAUUUUGAGAGGGAUUCGUUAUCUUCAGACAACGAGAAAGGAAAUUUGAAGCAUUCAAUAGUAAACAUAAAGAGAAGACAAGAUAUGAUUGAAAGAGAGAUACAAAAAGAUAGACAACUACGUAAUGAUGAGCUUGAUAGAUUGGAUUUAACACUCCGUAAACAAUUUGAUGCUUCCUAUCAAGAGGAGCAAGUAAAAACGCAAAUGAAUAAUCAAUUGAGGAAGAUUCAAGAACAGAUUGAAGACGAUCAUAACGAUUGGAGAGAACAGAAAAAAGAAAUUAAAAGCAUUGCAGAUGAAAUGAAAUCUCUAAAGGAUGCUGUGUUGGAUGCAACGACUCCAAAAUCAAAAAAUGUCAAGUCAAGAAUACAUUCGCCAGAAAGGAUGGAAGAGGAAUUAAAUUUAUACAAAAGGAAAUGUUUAAAGGAUGCAGAAAUAAUAAAAUUUCUGAAUGAAGAAGUCCAAAAGAAGGAGAGAGAAUCGACUGCAUUCCAAUCAACAAUUGGUGAAUUUCAAUCACUUGGCAAAAUGAAGUCAGACCAAUUAAAAUUACUUGAAGAUCAACUACAAUGCGAGAAGAGUGAAAAACAAAAACUUUUUCAGGACCUUGAAGACUUGCAAGUGAAGCUUAUUAAGACGGAAAAGAAGAAUGAAAGUUUUCUGCUGCAACUUUCUACUAUGAAAGCUGACGAAAGAUCUGACCAACUUGCAUAUGAGAGAAUAUCCCAGCAAGUACCUGAGUUAAAACGUUUGUUGGAGAAAAGCGAAAGACAACGAGAUAAAUAUUCUGAGCAUAUGCUUAAAAUCGAUUCAGAAUUAAGCCUUAAAGAAAACAUAAUUGAAAAGUUAUCGAGUGAAGUGAAAGAGAGCAAAAUGAAGAUGCAUGUCCUGGAGAUGGAAUUAGAAAAGCACGUGAAACAAAUAGAAGAAGAAAAAACGAAAUUUGCUGACAUCAAGCAAGAGCUAGACGUUGUUAAAACUGCACUGUCUAAUGCAGAAAAAACAAUACAAAGUUCAGAGCAAAGUCGAAAAGAAUUAAAAGAAAAAGCAUUAAACUCGAUAAGAGAAUAUCGUUCCAAAUGUCGACAGUAUGAGAAACAAUUGCAAAAUGCUGCGGAAUUUGAAAAAACAAAAGAACUGGAGUUAUCCAAAGAAAUGGCAAAUGCCAAAGAAUUGGAAAUCAGUAAUUUAAAACUACAAAAAAAGUACCAAGAAAGUGUUUUUGAAUUUGAAAAGUUACAAAAUGACGUGUUGGAGUACGAAAAUAGAUUAUCAGAGCUGGGUUAUGAGAAGACACAACUUCAAGAAGCACUCUCUGAUGUGAAUGGCGAAGCGAGGCAGGUUAUGAUAUUGCAGAAGGAAAUCCAAGAACUGAAAAACGAGAAGAUGGCGAUAAAUUCACAAUUGCUCGAUGAAAAGAGCAAAAGGAGAGAAUUUGAAUCCUUACUGCGCGACAAUUAUGAAAAAGAUCUCACUUCAAAGGAGGAGAGUUCGGCACUCCAUAAGCAGAUAUUGGAAGAGCGUAACAAUAGAAUGCAAGAAAUAGCAAAAAUGAGAGAGGAAAGUGAGAAAGAUUUCGAAAGAAAACUGGACAAGUUGCGUGAUAAAAUUAAGAAAACAGAAAAUGAAAAAUUGGACCUGGAAACCAAACUGCACGUCUGUAGAGAAGCAAAAGAAGAAGUAGAUAGAAAAUUAGAAGUACAAGUAAAAGAAAAAUCUCUCCUAUUGGACACAGAAAAAGAAUUCAAAGAAAAGAUUCACAGGCUUGCUGAAGAAAACAAAAAAUUAAGAAAACACGUCCAGCUAUCAAAAUUGGAUUACAAAGAGAAAUUACAAGUACUGGAGUCUCAACUAAAAUUCGAAAAAGACCAAAAUACUGUGCUUCAAGAACGUCUUGAAGUGAACCAAUCCGAAUUGAAGCAGUUGAAAGACGUUGCAAAGAUUCUAAUAUAUAUCUCGAAUCGAGAUGCAGAAAAUAUUUUGAAUUUAUUAUCUCACGAAGAAGAAACGGUACUGCCGGUAAAAGACAUCCCUGAAACUAUUCCGCCGGAACAUCGAAAAUUCUUACUCGAAUUGCGAGAAAAACUCGAUACUAGUUACUCGAUUGCGAAAACUCUCAAACGGAGAUUCCAGCAGCAGAAACUACUGAUAAAGAGAGCUCAAGAAAGAAUAAAAGCACAGCUGAAGGAGAUCAAUGAUGUGAAUCAAACUCAUCGAAAACAGUGUGAAAAGCAAGACGAACAGAUAAACGAACUUCAAAAAUCUCAACUUGCGAGUAAAGAAAGUUUGAUGGAGAAAGAUAGGAAGAUACUGUUGCUUAAGAGUCGUGUUGAUGAACUAACAAAACAUUUGGGAGAAUGCACACGAGCUUUACAUCAAACUACCGAAGCUGAGCAAGAACGCAAAAAUGUCCUUCGAGAAAUUGAACAGUUGAAAAGUGAGCACGUGGUCAACAAAAAACUCGAUGAAAAUUAUUACAAAGGCUCAGAGAAAAUCGAAGUUUUAACAGAGCAAUUAAACGAGGCGAAAAACUCGUUAAGCCAAAUGCGACAAGACAGUUUAGAUAGUAACAAUUUUACUAACCGUGUAAUUGAAACAUUUGGGUCAGUGAGUCCAGCAAGAAAACGCAAACUGUAUUCGUUUAACUCGCCUCGAUUUAAAAGUACAGUAAGGAAUUUGUUUGAUAGUUCUUCACUUCAGUCAUAUUUUGAAGACUCAAAAGGGGGCUCUCCACCCCGUAGCACUAGCAAACGAACAAUUGAUCCAAUGUCUAUGACUGAUGAAGAGUUUAACGAUAUAUUUAUACAAAAUAAAUCACCAAGAAGGAGUCCGAGAAAAUCAAAGUCCUCUCAGAAGGAGAAUGUGAGGCGGUCAACAGAAAGUAACAAAGAUAAAGAUGGUAAAAAAGUUUCCUAUGAAGAUGACUAAAUUAUUUAUUUAUUUUAUUUACAAGUAGUUAUAAGAAUUCUAGUAGCAAACGCAUCUACAUUUUUAAGAACUCUUACAUUUCUCAGUGAGGUAUGGUGUUUAACAGUUCUACCAAUUUGUGAUGUAUUACCUUGACGAAAUUUUUUCCAGUCAAAGAAAUUUGUAUUUUGCGGAAGUUAUUUUCGCAAACCAAACAGAUUUUGUUUUCCCGAUGGCUUCAUUUGCGGAAAGUAUCUUUGCGAUGUGAUGAAAACUGCAAAUGAUUUUUAAAACUCAUCUCUAACAAAAAUUGCGCCUAUAAAGUAGUGUACGGUUUAUCAGCAAUUUGCAUAGUUAGCUACUUUUUCAAGUCUUAUAUCCCCAAGAACUAAAAACAUAUUCAAAAACAUUAAAAAACCUAGACAGCAUUUCAAGCACUUUCAUUUAUAAUCAACUUGUUAUGAACUUUGAGGUAAGCUUCCACCCAAUGGUGGAACAAAUUUUUAAAAAACGGACUAGUUCCCCUUUUUUUUGAUAAAAACCAAGUUUAUGCGAAAUCAAACUUCAAAAUCGUAAAAUUUAAGAACAUGUUAAGAAAACUAUAAGGCUUUGUGAAGCUUGACUACAUAUUUUUUACAUAAAAAUAUAAACAAAAGAUAAACCGCCUAAAUAAACGAAAGAUGACAAAUAACUGCAAGCAAACUAAAGAACAUAUAUAUGGUGAAAGUAGCUGAAUUUGAAAAUAUAUACCCUACAUCAAAAUCAUUUUAUUUGCAGCAAUUGAAAAAUAAUUAGCUGAUUUUAAAAGGUAGAAAGUUAAGAACAAUUUAGGAACAUUUUGAGGCUUCAAAUUGGAAAAGUUAAGAACAUAUGAAGGCUUUUUUCAAAAUGAUCGUUCUUAGAGAAAAAAACCUGUAAAAAAACCUGUGACGGACAGAACCACAUACUGCUUGCUGUUGGAUGAUAAUGAUUGAUUAAUUAAUUGAUUGAUUUUAUACUUUCUUUUUUUUUCAAAGAAAUAAGUUAGGCAUUUAUUUGUUUAAAUUCUACUGGAGCUACGUUUUUAAUAUUUUUAAGGAAUUUUAAAAUGUAUAUAUUAUCCUUAGCCUUACAAGAGUGUAUAUGUUUCAUAAAAUGUAGUAAUAUAUAUUUUAAUGUCUAAAAUGACAUAUCAUGUGGAAA